AUGGUUAAACCGACGCAACCAUUCGAUGAUGACUUCCGUUUUCUCACCGAUGCUGUGAUCCUGAUCGGACACCAGCUGUUUAAUGUCAAGAAAGAUGAAUGUCUGACGCAGAUUCUUAAAAACUUGGGUUUCAAUGAACUACCGUUUCCAACAGCAGAGUUGGUUUCAGCGCAGGACAGCAACAUUGUAACAUUAAGUAUCGGCAAAUUAAACAAUAUUAUCAAAAAAUUGGCGCAAAAUGUUGGUGAAUUGUCUGAACAAUUAAUGGACCAACUAAUGACGUUAUUACGGAUGGGUGUUAGAUGGAAGUUCAAAUUGUCCAACGAGCAAGUAGUGCACAUUUUCGGACUAGCCAAGGAUUGUAUGCCCUCAGAAAAGUGGCUACAAUCAGCGGUACAGCAGAUCAACACGCUCGUGUAUUAUACAUUAAGAAAUUUGAUGACACCGCAUACACUUGCAAUCGCCCUGUUGCUAUUCUUGUUGUCCUGGUCAGUGUAUGAUCUAUGCAAAAUUUACAAUGAAUGCAAGAUUAUGGACGACAAAACUGAGGGUGAAAAGCAGGAUUACCUUAAAUCACUCAACGACAUUGAUGAAGUUCUUACUAAAAUUUGUGAUUAUCUGGAUAAUAGACGUAUUGAUCGUUUUGAUGAACUUUUACAAACCCUGAUUAAAAAGUCAAAAAAUCUUAUCAAUAAGAUUCAAACAUCGAAAGUCCAAAUCGAGGAGAGGAUCAAAUUAUUAAAAGAGAAAGAGUCUAAUCGUAAGACCAUACGAAAUAUACUUGGGGUGACCAGCGGAUUUUUUUUCGGCAUCACAUUCUAUAAUUGGAGUGAUCUUAACGCGAUUUAUCGGACACUCGGAAUAACUGGUAGCGCGACCACAGCGGGUGGUGCAAUCGCCUUGCACAUAUCGAUCGAUAAGCUGAAUCAGACACUUGAUAAGCAAAAAAAUGUUUUGAAUAAUAUGAAUGACUUAAAUAAUAUACUCACAGACAUCAUCCUUGAAGUAAAGUUUCUAAAAUAUGAAUCUAUUGAUCAUGAGGUUCUCCGCAUCCAAUUUCGUGGAUACAAAAAUAGCUUACAAGAACUUCAGACGCGAUUUAGAUGA